UCAUCAUCAUCAUCAUCAUCAGGAUUUUUGUGAAAAAUCGUGAUUAUUAUUAUAUUAAUUUGCCAUGCAGAGUGAAGAAACUACACGUAAUCAUAUUGAUUCAUCACAGCAAAAAAUGCAGCCAUCAUCCAGUCGUAUAUUGUAUGACAUACCUUGCAAAGUUUGCCGUGAUCAUUCUUCUGGUAAACAUUAUGGUAUAUUUGCUUGUGAUGGUUGCGCUGGUUUUUUCAAGAGAUCAAUAAGACGAAAUCGUCAAUACGUUUGCAAAGCUAAAUCUGAGCAUGGAUGUAUGGUUGACAAAACACAUAGAAAUCAAUGCAGAUCCUGUCGACUUGCCAAGUGUAUACAAGCUGGCAUGAAUAAAGAUGCUGUUCAACAUGAACGAGGCCCAAGAAAUUCAACUCUACGAAGACAAAUGGGUUAUUUAUUUAAAACACCAGAUAUCAUGAUGAGUAGUGUUCAACAUCAACAUCAGCAUCAACAUCAACAUCAACAUCAACCAACAACUGGAGCAGCUCUUGAUCUUGCAUUACCAAAAUCAUCAAGUCAACCAAGGGUAUCUGUUGCACAAUCUGUGGCUCAUUCAACUGUUCCAUCAUCGCAUCCAGUAUAUUGCAAUGCAAUGUCAAUGAGUAAAAUACCAGUUAGUUUAUCAAGCAUAUCAACAAUGGCAACAACUGCUACGGGAAUUUCAACACUGCCAAUUUUAUCAGCAACAAUGCCAGCUGAUUCAGUUAGAGAAACAGCUGCUAGAUUACUUUUUAUGAAUGUCAGUUGGACAAGAGAUUUAGUAACAAGUGCUGGUUUAUCAAUUGAAGAUCAAUUAACACUUCUUGAGGCAUCAUGGCGUGAAUUGUUUCUUUUGGGUGCUGCACAAAUGGUACCAACUCUUGAUCCAUCAGCACUUGUACCUUCUGGUAGUCAAAAUCUUCCUCUAGCCCUACAAGUUACUAGAUUUCGUGAAACACUUGCUGGUUUUCAUUCAAUGAAUCUUGAUUAUCAUGAGUAUGCAUGUAUAAAAGCCAUUGUAUUAUUUAAAGCUGGUCUUGAUUGUGAGCUUGUACCAAGUAGUCGUAGUAGCAGUGGUUCAGCAUCACCAAAUUCUGUUAGUCGACUUCGUGAUCCUGCUGCUGUUGCACGUCUACAUUAUGGUGCACAAAUUGCACUUGGUCAACGUUUAAAUGGUGCAUCAUUUGGUGAAUUAAGAUUUGGAAAAUUAUUAAUGUUAUUACCAACAUUGAGAUCUGUAUCAGCACAUGCUAUUGAAGAAUUAUUUUUUCGUAGUACUAUUGGUCGUAUUCCAAUUGAAAGAAUUAUUUGUGACAUGUACAAAAAAACGUAAAAUUAUAAAUAAUUAUGAAAAUAAUUUAAAAUUAUUAUUGUUUUUAAGAAAAACUGUGAUGUUAAUAAACAUAUCAUCAUAUUCGUUAUUGCAUGAUGUCGAUUUUAACAAUGUACAAAUAAAUUAAUAAAUUAAUAGACAUAUAGAUAGAUAGAUAAAUAAAUAAAUAUAUUAUUAUGACAAUUUUAAAUGUGCAGUUUAUGUAUACGAUCAUUAUUAUUAUGCACAGUAAACUCGAGUGCCAAUGCAAUAAGCCCUCCCGCAUAAACAUUUAUAGUGCGUUGCUUUAAUAAAAAAAUCAUAAU